UCAACAACAGCUAUAGCUAUAGCAUCAGCAGUAAUUUUUUUUUUCGAAUGGAAAAUAGCCAGCUGGAGAUUCUUUUAAUUAUAUAAUUUGCUUGUUUCUUGUCAGUAAUUCAGGAUAUUUGCGUAUGCUGAUUAUUUUGAUUUUCUUUUUGUGCCGAACAUCGUCGACAUAAUAUCUUUGAAACAACUAUUAUUCAUCUGUUAACUGAAAAGAAUGGACUUCGAAGAAGGAUCCACGUCUCAACAAUUAACUCAAACUCAAUCCAAUGAGAGCAAGAGAGGUAGGAACUGGACUGAGGAUGAAGAUGCCCAGCUAUGUCUUUCCUGGCUGGCCAUAUCAAAAGAUUCUGUAAAAGGAACAGAUCAGAGUAAAACAACUUUUUGGAUGGCAGUCAGACAGCACGCGGGGAUAAAGAUGUACUAUAUUAAAGACAGACCGGUGGACGGUGUGCGACAGCGAUUCAACCAAUUGAGCCACCAAAUAUCGAAGUACAUCGGAUGUUUGGCAUUUGUGAACCGGGCGAACAAAAGCGGAGAAAGUACGGAUGAUAAGUACCAGGCCGCGAGAGAAUUAUUUUUGAGAGAGACGAAGCAAAGACAUUUUAAGAUUCAAAGGUGCUACGAUAUUUUGAAAACAGAGCCGAAAUUCCAAGUCGCUAGUGCCAAUAAGAGGAUGAGGUCAGUUGACGAUGCAACUGUUCUUCACAGCAGAAGGAUCUAUCACCAUGUCCCCUGUCAAUGCGCCCGUAGGAACGGAGUCCAUGGAACGUGAUUUAUUUUAUACACCCACGGCUGCACAACGACCACUUGGCAGGAAUAAGGCUAAACGGAUUUAUGAAACGCCUGGAGAAAAUGUAUGGCAGAAAGUGAUACACGAAAUGAAGCGAAAAAACGAUCUGUUAGAAAGACAUACAGUAGUUAUGGAGAGGGCUACAGAACUAAAACUACUCACAACACCAUUGAACGAUCUGGAUGUGCUGAGUAGACAAGUAAUCGAGAAACAGAAAUUUGAUAUAGCAAAAAAAUAUCUGCCCAACGACGAAGCUGAAAAACAGCCAGUACUUGAUGAAGAAUUUGAUGAGGAACUUUUUGAGGCCGAGUUCCUCGAGGAAGUUUGAUUAUUGAUUUUCUAUAGCAUACAAUCCCUUUUGCUCAGUGACAUUGUUUUUCAGUGAUGCUUAAUGACAAAGAUGAAACAAUCUCCAUUACAGUAAUAUUCCGAUUUUAUCACCCCCUUGGUGAAUUUUGGGGUGACAAAAUCGUAAAAUUUUUUAUUUUAGUUUUUCUAUUUCAUUUUUCAAAUAUGAAUCAGUUUAUGUCUUGUAAAGGUAAAAUGC